UUGUAAACAGUCUACAGUCUGGAAGUUUUCAUAAAUGUGGUGGAAUAAAUAUUAAAAGCAAAAAGCUAUUUGCUAUAAAUCUUGUUAGAGAUUACGUUAAUAGGUAUUUUCUAUUCAAUAAAGUUACAUAACGUUAUUGAGUAUGUUGACAACCUGCAGCGCACUGAUGUUAACAAGAUCGAGUUUUCGCGGCUCCACUCUCAAACUGUUAAGUUGUUUUUUUUUUUGUUUUUUUUUUGGACGCAGGCGCAGUUUUAUUUUGAAGGCUAGAAGCGGAAGUCCCCAUGAGCAGCACGCGCUCCUGGGUGCUCAGCCUCACGCGCUAAACCGUUUGGAUCCACGCUCUGUCCCUAGUUCCCUCCUGUAGACCGAUAGGGACAGAGUCUGCGUCGGGCCCGGCCAGGCGGAGCCAUGGCGGAGCGGGGGCAGAGGCGCCAGCGGCCGGAGGGCAGCGGGUCCGCCGCGGCGGCUCAUCCGAUGAGGACAUUCAGGUUACCCGCAUCACGACCACGACAGCCGAGCUCUGAGCCCCGGGCUGUCAGCGUCUGAACUUCCCACGUCUGCGGCUCUCGUCACGGCUGACCUUUUUAACUUUUUUCCGAAAGGCUUCGCGCUAAUCUGGAUGGGAUCGUAGCGAAGAGUUUGUCUAGCUUCGGGACGCCUGCCCCGGCGGCGAGCAGCUGAAAUCUUGCGCUCCGUCCCGCAGUCAUUUCAUAAGCGAGUCCGCGGGGGGGAUCAUGGGGGCAAAGCAGAGCAGUCCCACUGCCAACCCAGCUGCUAACGGACGGACCAGAGCCUACUCUGGCUCCGACCUACCCUCCUCCACGUCGGGGACCAACAGCAGCGCCGCUGGGCGCAACCCCGCCGCGGGUCUGCGCUACCACACGCCCAGGGCUUCCGGGGCCAGCACCAGCCAGCCCCGCGGGGCCGCAGCCAGGACUUUGGGGGGGUCUGUCGGGGUGAGACCCCAGACCGGCGUCAACAUCCCAAACAGUGGCGGAGCCCCCAGCUCACCGGAGUCCGGCGGCAGCAGCCCGGAGGAGGCGGCGGGCAGGCAGCGCUCGGAUGGGACCGGUCCUCCUCCGCUGCUGAUUGGAUCUUUACCAGCACACCUAUCGCCCCGUCUGUUCGGAGGGGUCAAGUGCCCUGUGUGCUCCAAGCAUGUGUCGUCAGAGGAGAUGGAGCUCCACCUGGUUCUGUGUUUGACCAAACCCAGAGUCACGUACAAUGAAGAUGUCCUGACGAAGGAUGCAGGAGAGUGUGCCAUCUGCCUGGAGGAGCUUCUGCAGGGAGACACUAUUGCCCGCCUGCCAUGCCUUUGCAUUUACCACAAGAGCUGCAUCGACGAGUGGUUUGAGGUAAACAGAUCUUGCCCGGAGCACCCGUCAGACUGAAGCUUUGUUUGCACAGCAACUGGACCUGGAGACGAGCCUCCGAAGGAAAAUGUGAAUCCUGGGAGACAGACGGACACUGAGACCACUGUGACACCUCCUCUCCUCAGCAAUGUAGACUCCAGAGUGCCAAAUCUCAUUCAAGCACUCUUCAGGGAUUCAAACUUUGUUUUUACGCCUGAGUUGCACAUCCUUUAAACGGACCCGCCUCACCCUGGAUCAUCCCAGCCCUGAAAGUUGCAGGUUCCUCUGGGGUUUUCUCCUCAGACAGGUUGGAGGAGAUGGGCGUGGCUCCCCAUCUGUUGAUUUCUCCCAGUGCCUUGAAGUGAUGGAAGUCAUCAGUGGUGCUGCAGGAGCCCCCACCGUAACCACUGAGCCAGGACAGACAAGCUGCAGUCUGUGUGUGGAUGUUAGUCAGUAUGUCAGUGUGUGUAACUGAGUGUGCGGCUGACUGCUCAAACUUGUAAUCAUCUGUGCUUCUCAGUCAUCAAUGAGGAGGGCGGGGCCUCCUAGUAAAUGAACCAUAAAACUUCAUCAUAAUUAGCAGGGACAUUUUAAAGAACUGUUUUGGUUAAAGAGGAACAUUUUUUUAUCCUUUGAUGUCACAAUCAACCCAUAUCUCUGUUCGAUUGCUUAUUUUACUGCAGGUGUGAAUGCUGCCAGCAGCUGUGGAAACUCUGAAGGAAACUCUUUGGAGUGACUCGCCUAAUGCAACAUGAGAUGAAGUAGAAAACAAACCAAAAAGUUUAAGGCAAUCAAAAAAUAAUAAUUAGGAAGGCAAUGUUGUUGAUACGACUCAACUGCACAGAAUGUGAUCACUUCUCCAAAAAUGGUGAGUCAUUCCAGAGGUGCAGGAUUGUGUCCGAAUGGUAUGGAGCUGGAAGCAGGCAGGAACCAGGCCGGCUCUGGAAGCUUCCUCCUGACACCAACAGGAAUGAACGCAAAUGUCUUUGUCGGCCUUUUCAUAGUCUGCCUCUGAUGCUGUGUUCACAACAAACACCAUUCGUGCAACAAAUUUGCAUCCUUUCUUCAUGUGAGUGGGAGGAGCUACAGUCAAAUGUUUCCAGCCUCAUCUCUGCAUUAGUAAACACCGAAGAUGUUUAGUAAUCAGUUUAUUUAUGUUGACAAGCUCUAAAAAGGCACCAGUAAUCCCUUCUCCAUGUCUGGGUUCAUGAGAUCAUGAACCCAGACAUGGAUCGUCUCUGUCUCCCAGUUUGAAGACUUGCUCUCCUGCAUUAGUCCAAGGAGGGAAAAAUAAGAAUAAAACUAGAGGAAGUUUUUUUUAGAAAUUAUCUUCAUACAGAAAGGGGGAGGCAAACAAAUGGCAACAAUCACCUCCUCCUGUGUUGUUUUGGACUCCUCCUGCUGAUUAACACGUCACAGGUCUAAGCGGCGUUCCUGAUUGGUUGUCUUGAAACAAAGUGCCAAAGUUCAGACAUUUGAGCAGUGAACCCUGAGACACAAGCUGCAGCUAGACUUCCAUGCUAAACGCUGAAAAUGCACCGCAGGACCUCUUAACCAAUCUGAGUGUUGUCUUAGCAUUGAAACUGGACGCCUCUGACCACGAAUCGUCUUCUGUGUGAACACGGCUUGAGAGGAACUGGCCUCUCUCCCUCUCAUCAGCUUUGGACCUGCCUGGCUUUCAGAGUCAGAGCAGGAGUUAGUGGAGGUGCACAUCUGUUCAUUUGUUCUGCUAUAACAUAGAAAAUGACCUCCUCGCCCCAAGAGCGAGCCAACCAUCACCUGAAGUCUGCCCUCAGAGACUAAACUGUGAAGAUGGGAGCAGAGUCGGGGUCUUCCUGGGGGAGGGGGAUGCAGGCUUCAGCAAACAAAUCAAAGAGAUGAAUGUGACCCCAAAAUUCUGUUUUUGAGGACCAUCAGUAAAUCUGCUUUCCCCCAAUCUCAAGUUGAGUUUUUUUCUGGAAGAAGAGAAGCUGCAUUUGAUUUCUUGCUGCUGCUUCCUGCUGCUAAAACAUCCUCCAACAGACUCUUCCUCCAGCUCUCUUGUCGUUCUUCAAAGCAAGCUCCAGACAAAAGCUGACCCACACAAAGCGUGGAGACUCAGCUGACAGAUUCCUGUGAGGACAGAUCCUCCAUCAGACAGCAGAUCCAGCUGCAAUCUGAAGACACAAAGCGAUGCCUGUGAGACAUGGAUCGCCGCCGUCUGCAGGUUCUGGGACAGAUGGCUCCACCCUCUCCCCCACAGGACGCUGACUCGACAGGUCUGGACCCGUUAAAAUUCCAGAGACAAAUGUGAACCUGGUCUUUGGUGGAUGGUGUGGAGCAUUCUUAGUCUAGCUCCACAGCCUGGAGUCCAUGAGCUGAGCUCACUAACUUCCAUUUUAGUUAAGCUAAACUGCGUCUUUCUAACGGGAUGAUUGUACUGAGGAUGCAGUUUGUGCAUCUUGAAGCCCUUUACUGCUGCAGAGCCGAAACAUAUCAAACCCCUGUGACUAUUGAAUUCAGAAUGUAUCAGACUUUGGACUUCUUUUGUACACUUUUUGUGAAAAAUGUGGAAAUGUUUGAUGUACCGUGCUGAAGUUCAGACUGUCAGAGCUGGGGUGUAUCAAGGAUGAUCAGCUGAGCUGUGGAGGGAGUUUUAUCAUGUUUGUGGAAAAUCCUCCCAGAUGUUCUGACUGCACCUCUGGUGACAGAAUGGAACUGCAUGACGGAGCCCGUUGGCACAUCUGUGAAUUGAGUCGCUGCACUUUCAGAACAACUAGAAGGUUUGAGGCGCAGACUGCUGAGUCUCUGCAGGACUCACAACUUAACAGCACAUGCUCACUGAUGCUUUCCUGAGCAGAAAGGAGGCGGAGCGGAAUUCAGAAACAUGUGUUAGUAUGAAAUAAAUGAUUGUAAGGCCAUUCCACAUGAAGUCUGGUUCAUGCACCUCAGCAGCAGCAGAACCUACGAUCACACUGGAAACGUCCUGAAAUAAGACUCAAGGAUUCAACCCAGAAACACGGUUUGUUUGGACAGAACGUGUCUCAUAUUAAACACAUUUCAGUUUGCAAUUUCA